GUAUGCGUCACGGCGGUUUACACUUCGAUAUUCUUAUUGCUACCGAUGAGUCAGGGAACAAGACCCUCGGGCGCUUCACGACUGUUCCCUGUAGACGACGGACUACAAGUAUUGAGCGUCUUAUUCUAUGUUAGCAAUGGUAUUUUAAUCCAUAGAUCAAUACAGGUUUUUGAGGUCUACGUUGGCAACUGCUGGUUCCGAAGUACAACGUGCUACCAUCUCAUCGCCUCGAGGGACAAAAUAAAAAAAUUCAAAAAAAAUUCACCGCCUCAGUGUGGCACCCCACUAAAAUGCGGCGGUGGCUUUAAAAUCGAAGAGCAGAUCAAGAAAUAUUUUUUGAAUUAAAUCUCGAUAUUCCAGGAAAUAGUAGACAGAAGAAGAGAGAGCAUGGGCAAGAAGGACAAGAAAAACGCAGUGUCCAAAAAGGCUCUCAAAGCCGAGAAGGCUUUGAAGGCUCAGAACAAAGGCGCCUCGAAGCAGAAGAAGAAAGCCAGCAAACUUGCUGCUAACGACGAGGAUGCUGAUGAUGCAAACAUCGACGAUAUCCUUGCAGAGUAUGCCAAAGAGCAAGCAAACUUCCUUGCUGUCAAGAUUGUGCCCUGCGACCGCCCGAGCAAACGCCUGAACCCGACAUUAGUUGCCUCACCUCCUCAGCAUGGCCGCAAGGAGCUGUUCCUAUUUGGCGGCGAGUCCGUUAACAACGCCGGACUGGCAGAGUUCUACAAUGACCUGUUUAUUUACAACGUUGAUACAAACAUCUGGCGCCAAGUGACCUCACCGAAUACUCCGCUACCAAGAUCCGGACACGCCAUGUGCGUUCAUCCAUCAUCGGGCAUGAUUGUGCUAUUUGGCGGUGAGUUUUCCUCGCCAAAGCAGAACACAUUCUACCAUUACGGCGAUACUUGGAUACUUGACGCUUCAACUCGCGAAUGGACCCGGCUAGAAUUGAAGAAAGGUCCGUCGGCAAGAUCAGGACACAGACUGACGCCGUGGAGAAACUAUGUACUUCUGCAUGGAGGGUUCAGAGACUUGGCAGCUUCAACGACCUAUCUCGGUGACUUAUGGGCGUUCGAUAUAACGACAAUGAAGUGGACGCAGUUGGAGUUCCCUCCUAACUCCUUGAAGCCUGAGCCACGCUCAGGACACUCUUUUGUCACUACAGAGGAAGGUGCAGUUGUCUGGGGCGGCUACUCCAAAGUCAAAAAUUCCCAAAAGAAGAUUGUGGGUAAAGUGCAUUCAGACACAUGGAUGCUGAAGUUGAGUCCAGAUCUGAAGACUAUAAGAUGGGAGCGACGGCGUAAAAGUGCCUGGGCGCCAUCUCCGCGUGUCGGAUGCUCGAUGGUAUAUCACAAAGGUCGUGGUGUAUUAUUUGGAGGUGUCUAUGAUACGCAAGAAACUGAAGAGACCUUGGACUCGGUUUUCUAUAAUGAUCUUUACGCGUACCAGAUCAAUACCAACAAGUGGUUUCCGCUCACUCUACGGCCACCAAGGAAGCGGCCAGUCGCAGCAGAGCGUCCCGUGAAGAACAAAUCGAACGAGCUCGAGGAAAACUUGAAGCUUCUACUCAAUGGCCCAGGCUCUGAUGGGAAAGAUGCGAAUGACGAAUCCCAGGAUAUCAGCAUGAAUGAUUCUGAUAGCGAUGACUCGGACGAGGAAGUGACAAAGGUCGAGCACCCGAUCACGUUGGCGCUUCCUCACUCAAGAUUCAAUUGCUCCACAGCGGUCAUGCAGGAUACGAUUUACAUAUACGGAGGUAUGUGGGAGAAAGGAGACCGCGAGUUUGCCUUGGAUAGUAUGUACUCGAUCGAUCUUGGAAAAUUGGAUGGUGUGCGUGUAAUCUGGGAAACGUUUGUCGAUGAAGUUGCACGAGCCGAAGCAGAGGAUGACGAGAGUGAAGAAGACUACGAUGAUGAAGAUGACGAAGAUGACGACGAUGAAGACGACGAGGAGGUGGAAGAAGCGAACGCGGAGGAGGCACCGGAGGAGAUGGCCGUCGACGAAGCCGAAGAGCUCACUGAAGCUGCAGGCGGCAUGGCGGUCGUGGAGCCUGACCCGCGCCCAUAUCUUCCUCACCCACGCCCGUUCGAGUCGCUGCGAGUUUUCUACAACCGCACUGGCAGUGCUUUCAUGGAAUGGGCAAUUUCGAAUAACAAAGAUACUGGCAAACGUGGCAAGGAUCUCAAGCGGGAUGCGUUCGAACUCUGUGAGGAGAGAUGGUGGGAACGCCGGGAGCAGAUCCGCGCUGCCGAAGAUCAAUACGAAGAGCUUGGUGGUAUCGGCGAGAUUGUGGAAAGGGAGCAGAAGACGGGAUCAGGAAGGAGAAGGUAGUCGGAUCAAGAAGGAUUAUGCUACAGCCGGAAUGCGCACCAACCUUUUUGUUUGUUCAUUUAAUAACCCAUUGUAUAUACACGAAACAUCCAUCAAUCAGUUAUAUUACAUUACCCCACCUUACAAUCAUAAUCGAUUUCCUCUA